AUGGGAGGAGCGGCGCCUAUUAGAGGAGUGGCGCCUAUUAGAGGAGCGGCGCCUAUUAGAGGAGCGGCGCCUAUUAGAGGAGCGGCGCCUAUUAGAGGAGCGGCGCCUAUUAGAGGAGCGGCGCCUAUUAGAGGAGCGGCGCCUAUUAGAGGAGCGGCGCCUAUUAGAGGAGCGGCGCCUAUUAGAGGAGCGGCGCCUAUUAGAGGAGCGGCGCCUAUUAGAGGAGCGGCGCCUAUUAGAGGAGCGGCGCCUAUUAGAGGAGCGGCGCCUAUUAGAGGAGCGGCGCCUAUUAGAGGAGCGGCGCCUAUUAGAGGAGCGGCGCCUAUUAGAGGAGUGGCGCCUAUUAGAGGAGUGGCGCCUAUUAGAAAAGUGGCGCCUAUUAGAGGAGCGGCGCCUAUUAGAGGAGCGGCGCCUAUUAGAGGAGUGGCGCCUAUUAGAGGAGUGGCGCCUAUUAGAGGAGUGGCGCCUAUUAGAGGAGUGGCGCCUAUUAGAGGAGUGGCGCCUAUUAGAGGAAGGAGUGGUUGGCGCCUAUUAGAGGAGCGGCUGGCGCCUAUUAGAGGAGCGGCGCCUAUUAGAGGAGCGGCGCCUAUUAGAGGAGCGGCGCCUAUUAGAGGAGCGGCGCCUAUUAGAGGAGCGGCGCCUAUUAGAGGAGCGGCGCCUAUUAGAGGAGCGGCGCCUAUUAGAGGAGCGGCGCCUAUUAGAGGAGCGGCGCCUAUUAGAGGAGCGGCGCCUAUUAGAGGAGCGGCGCCUAUUAGAGGAGCGGCGCCUAUUAGAGGAGCGGCGCCUAUUAGAGGAGCGGCGCCUAUUAGAGGAGCGGCGCCUAUUAGAGGAGCGGCGCCUAUUAGAGGAGCGGCGCCUAUUAGAGGAGCGGCGCCUAUUAGAGGAGCGGCGCCUAUUAGAGGAGCGGCGCCUAUUAGAGGAGCGGCGCCUAUUAGAGGAGCGGCGCCUAUUAGAGGAGCGGCGCCUAUUAGAGGAGCGGCGCCUAUUAGAGGAGCGGCGCCUAUUAGAGGAGCGGCGCCUAUUAGAGGAGCGGCGCCUAUUAGAGGAGCGGCGCCUAUUAGAGGAGCGGCGCCUAUUAGAGGAGCGGCGCCUAUUAGAGGAGCGGCGCCUAUUAGAGGAGCGGCGCCUAUUAGAGGAGCGGCGCCUAUUAGAGGAGCGGCGCCUAUUAGAGGAGCGGCGCCUAUUAGAGGAGCGGCGCCUAUUAGAGGAGCGGCGCCUGUAAGAGGAGUGGCGCCUAUUAGAGGAGUGGCGCCUAUUAGAGGAGCGGCGCCUAUUAGAGGAGCGGCGCCUAUUAGAGGAGUGGCGCCUAUUAGAGGAGUGGCGCCUAUUAGAGGAGUGGCGCCUAUUAGAGGAGUGGCGCCUAUUAGAGGAGUGGCGCCUAUUAGAGGAGUGGCGCCUAUUAGAGGAGUGGCGCCUGUAAGAGGAGUGGCGCCUGUAAGAGGAGUGGCGCCUAUUAGAGGAGUGGCGCCUAUUAGAGGAGCGGCGCCUAUUAGAGGAGCGGCGCCUAUUAGAGGAGCGGCGCCUAUUAGAGGAGUGGCGCCUAUUAGAGGAGUGGCGCCUAUUAGAGGAGUGGCGCCUAUUAGAGGAGUGGCGCCUAUUAGAGGAGUGGCGCCUGUAAGAGGAGUGGCGCCUGUAAGAGGAGUGGCGCCUAUUAGAGGAGUGGCGCCUAUUAGAGGAGUGGCGCCUAUUAGAGGAGUGGCGCCUAUUAGAGGAGUGGCGCCUAUUAGAGGAGUGGCGCCUAUUAGAGGAGCGGCGCCUAUUAGAGGAGCGGCGCCUAUUAGAGGAGCGGCGCCUAUUAGAGGAGCGGCGCCUAUUAGAGGAGCGGCGCCUAUUAGAGGAGCGGCGCCUAUUAGAGGAGCGGCGCCUAUUAGAGGAGCGGCGCCUAUUAGAGGAGCGGCGCCUAUUAGAGGAGCGGCGCCUAUUAGAGGAGCGGCGCCUAUUAGAGGAGCGGCGCCUAUUAGAGGAGCGGCGCCUAUUAGAGGAGCGGCGCCUAUUAGAGGAGCGGCGCCUAUUAGAGGAGCGGCGCCUAUUAGAGGAGCGGCGCCUAUUAGAGGAGCGGCGCCUAUUAGAGGAGCGGCGCCUAUUAGAGGAGCGGCGCCUAUUAGAGGAGCGGCGCCUAUUAGAGGAGUGGCGCCUAUUAGAGGAGUGGCGCCUAUUAGAGGAGUGGCGCCUAUUAGAGGAGUGGCGCCUAUUAGAGGAGUGGCGCCUAUUAGAGGAGUGGCGCCUGUAAGAGGAGUGGCGCCUGUAAGAGGAGUGGCGCCUAUUAGAGGAGUGGCGCCUAUUAGAGGAGUGGCGCCUAUUAGAGGAGUGGCGCCUAUUAGAGGAGUGGCGCCUAUUAGAGGAGUGGCGCCUAUUAGAGGAGCGGCGCCUAUUAGAGGAGCGGCGCCUAUUAGAGGAGCGGCGCCUAUUAGAGGAGCGGCGCCUAUUAGAGGAGCGGCGCCUAUUAGAGGAGCGGCGCCUAUUAGAGGAGCGGCGCCUAUUAGAGGAGCGGCGCCUAUUAGAGGAGCGGCGCCUAUUAGAGGAGCGGCGCCUAUUAGAGGAGCGGCGCCUAUUAGAGGAGCGGCGCCUAUUAGAGGAGCGGCGCCUAUUAGAGGAGCGGCGCCUAUUAGAGGAGCGGCGCCUAUUAGAGGAGCGGUGUUAGAAUAUCUCCUCUCUUGUAACCUGCAUAUAUGCUAUAGGAUAGGCUAG